AUGAAUAUAGAAAAAUCAAAAAAUGUCGAAAUCACUAACUCAAUUUCCCGAAAAAAGGGAGAUAGAGUCAGGCUCAAAAAACAACUUGGUCUCUUAGAAGGUGUUGCCAUCAUUUUGGGUAUCAUAUUUGGAUCAGGUAUAUUCAUAUCGCCAUCAGGAGUGAUGAACGAGGCUGGAUCGGUUGGUGUCAGCUUGGUUGUGUGGCUUAUGUGCGGCAUGCUGUCAAUGAUCGGCGCGCUAUGUUAUGCCGAAUUGGGUACGUCCAUACCGCGGUCAGGCGGCGACUAUACGUAUCUAUUUGARGGAUACGGACCUCUACCAGCGUUCCUCUAUUUGUGGGACGCCAUGCUCGUGUUUGUACCGACAACUAACGCCAUCAUGGGACUUACGUUUUCCAACUACGUCAUCAAGCCGUUCUUUGCGGAAUGCGACAAUCCGGAACAGGCGGUUAGACUCCUGGCUGCCGCCGUGAUUUGUUUCAUAACAUUCAUUAACUGCUGGAACGUCAAGGCUACCACCAAAGUUCAAAACGUGUUCAUGUUCACUAAGAUUUUCGCUCUGKUGUUGAUUAUCGUGUGCGGCGUAGUUUACCUAUACUCAAACGGAUUUUCCAAGUUCAUAAACCCUUGGCAAGGAUCGGUCACAGAUCCCGGAAGACUUGCUGUGUCCGUUUAUUCCGGAAUAUUUUCGUACUCAGGAUGGAACUAUUUGAAUUUCAUGACCGGAGAGCUAAGGAACCCUUACGUGAACCUACCCAGGGCCAUUUACAUUUCCAUGCCAUUGGUCACCAUUAUCUACGUGUUGGCCAACGUUGCAUACCUAGCCGUUCUGACGCCGUACGACAUGGUCACGACUAAAGCGAUUGCCGUCACAUUUGGUCACUUGGCAAUGGGUAAAUUUAAAUGGAUCAUGCCGCUGAUGGUUUCCCUAUCGGCAUUUGGUGGUCUGUGCGUUAACAUCAUGACUUCGUCUAGAUUGUGUUGUGUCGCAGCGCGACACGGUCACUUCCCAAUGUUUCUGUCAUACAUCAAUGUAAAGAGAUACACACCAAUCCCAUCUCUAGUGUUUUUGAACAUAUUAUCAUUACUUAUGCUUUUUACAACUGAUGUCAACAAACUUAUAACAUAUUCGAGUAUUGUGGAGGCAUUCUUCACAAUGUUAUCAGUGUCAUUAGUAUUGUGGAAUCGAUGGAAACGUCCAAACAUUAACAGGCCAAUCAAGGUUUCUCUUUGGAUCCCAAUCACAUAUGUAAUAGUAUCAUUAUUUUUGAUCGCGUUGCCAUGUUACGUAAGAUCUUUUGAAGUUGGCAUGGGAGUUGGCAUCACCUUGUUAGGCAUUCCAGUUUACUAUAUAUGUGUAGUUUGGAAAACUAAGCCUGAGUGGUUUCAAAAUUCAUUAAAGCAUGUGACGUUCACCACCCAAAAGUUAUUUGUUGUUGCUAAAGAAGAAAAAGCAGAUAACGUUUUAGAAUAAUGUUAAGAGUUUUUUAAA